AUGUUGUUGUCCGCUCAUCCUAUAGGUCUGAGUGCUUUGGUACCUGUAAUCGAGAGUAGUGCUACAGAAGAACGCCGACUAUCUGGAGCCCCAACUAGCCAUAACUUUCAUAGGUGCCUAGAACUUAUAUAUGCUCCGAAAGUUUGGUUGGAGCUAACCGAGGAUGCUAGAUUGCGUCUCCAAGUCAAUAUUCAAGAAAUGCGUUCUAAAUUCAAACAAGAUCUGCAAGCAAAGAAGGGGCAAGUUGAGGAGAAAGGUCGCGGCUUGCGUUUUGUUGCUGUGACUGGCAAAGAGAAUUUGGAAGUCGAUUGCAAAGAAUUGAAAGCCAACAUGGAAAUGCUCUACAGCGAGAAAAACGAUGCCCUUAAACAUGAUAAGAGAUUGGAAGUUCAAGUCAAGAAGGCAUUGCGUGAAGUCAAAGCCUUGAAGGGCGAAGUUAUGCAGCGGCCGCUUCGGGAGAGAACCCGAAAAGCGGCCGAGAAGAUGGCCUCCAAUGCUAGCAAGGGCACUCCGAUAACUGCUGAGAUACGCCAUUUGGAAGCUCGCAUUGCCCCCAUCGAAGGAAAAUCAGAGGAUGAACAAUUGAAUCCAAAAGAAUUUCAGAUUGGGGCCUUGAAGUGCAACUCCGCUCAAUUUGUGGGAGCUUCAACGUUGAUGCAAAUAGCAAAAGAUGCGAAAACAAAAAGUGAAGAUGGCAUUUUUCCCGCCGAGCAUAUCUUGCAAACACGCAUCCAUAAACCACAUGAACAGGUCGAGGAGGAGGCAUCAUCAUCCACAUAUCAGGCUUUCGGUGUUGACAUACAACCAGAGCCGCUACACUCUUCUAGCAAUCAUGAAACUUUAGAUAGCCUGCAACAGCCUACGCAGCAGCAGCAGCAACAACCUUCUCAUCGUCUUCUAUCCCAUCAGCAUCAUCAUACUUCGCCUCUGGCCCAAACUAGUGGUGGCAGUGCAUUAGGGCAACAACAACAACAGCAACAAAAGCAUUUGGGUAACAAAAUUGUUGCAAGCAAUUCGUCAACAAAAGCUGCAAUCACGGCGACUACAACAGCUACCAGAAGAUAUUCGCGGUUCGAUUGCCCCGACGAGUUGGAACGACGUGUCAGCACCAGCGGUGCCAGUGGUAGUGUAGGCAGCAGUGUUGUUGGUGGUGGUGGUGGCGGCGGCGGCGGCGGCGGCAUUGGAGUUAUUUCAAGUCGUUCAUCCACAGCCUCGGCAGAGCAGUUUCAGAGCUUAUACAGCAGCAGUGGCGCUGGUAGUGGUGGUGAUGUAGUGCAACAACAAGCUCCACAGCAAUACGGUUCCAGAUCCUUUGGUGAGGCACGGUUUAAGCGUGGCAGUAUUUACGGUGAUUCAUCGAAUAAGUUCUCUUCGAUUGGCGGCAGUAGUAGUAGUAGUAGUGGUGCUGGGGUUGGUCACAGCGGUAGUUAUACAAGCGGUCUUGAUGGCAGUAGAACGGGUACUGUGAAUGGCUAUGACACAACACGACAUUGUGAUGGUGGUGAGGGUACAACAACAACAACAAGAUCACAGCAGGCUUAUACGGAUGGUAACACAACAACAUCAACAGGUUCAUAUUCCACAACAAGUUGUACCAGCACUCCUCUGAGACAGCGUCUUCCCUCGCAAGCGGGCCUCAAUGAUUUGAGUGCAGCAAAUCCGGGCAUUUUUGUGGGCGGCAUUGGUGGCAGCAACAUUUAUUGCAAUAACAUACAAACACCCAGUACAUUUAAUAGCAGCAAUCUUGGUGUCAAUUAUUCAGGAGUGGGAGCGGGUAGUGCAAGUGGUGGUGCUGGUGGAGGCGUUGGUAGUGCUACUGGUGUUGUCGGAGUUGGUCUAGGCAGCAGUGGUGGCAGUGUAAACAGCAAUAACCAGACAAACAGCACUAACAUCAACAGUAGUGGUAAUAACAGCUCCAGUGUAGCUGCAGGUGCUAGUUUAGGUGGCGGCAGUGCAGUUUUACGAAUGUUUUUUCAAAAUUAA